AUGUCGGAUCAUAGGCUGUCUCUGAGUGCUGAGGCGGCGCGUUCUGCGGCUGAACAGGCAGAAUUUAAUGCCAGGAAAUGGGUCUGGGUUCCCGAUGUCAGGGAAGGGUACCUUGCCGGAUAUGUGAAUAGUGAGGAUGAAGACUCCGCAGAGGUCAUAAUGAGAGAUGGAAAAGAGACGCGGAGAGUACCCUUUGAGCAAUUGUUCAAGAUGAACCCUCCGAAGUUCGAUAGAGUAGAAGACAUUGCAGACCUUACAUUCCUCAACGAAGCCAGUGUGGUGCACAAUUUACGUCUGAGAUAUGGCUCAGAAGCUAUCUAUACGUACUCAGGCCUUUUCCUUGUUGCCAUUAAUCCGUAUCAGAGUUUGCCACUUUAUUCUGACGCCGUCAUCCAACAAUAUCGAGGGAAACGACGUGAUGAAAAUCCUCCUCACGUUUUCGCAGUUGCUGAACGGGCUUGGAUCAAUAUGGGAGAGGAGCGCGAGAACCAGAGCAUCCUUAUAACCGGAGAGUCUGGCGCUGGGAAAACAGAAAGCACAAAGAAAGUUAUCCAAUAUCUUGCAGCCAUCGCAACCGACGUCCAUCCAACCCCCGGCCAUUCAAGAUCUAACACAUUGGCUCGUAUUCCAUCUUCUUCGGGAUUGGCCCGCAAAAAUUCGAUUGUCCGCAAGGGCCAAAUGUCUGCGUCGGGAAGUGGCUCUCAUUUGACGGCGAAGGGUCGACUCGGUCUCCUAGAACGGCAGAUCCUGCAAGCCAACCCAAUAUUGGAAGCCUUCGGCAAUGCACAAACGCAACGCAACAACAAUUCAAGUCGUUUCGGCAAAUUUGUGCGGAUUAUGUUCGCUCCCGACGGCAGCAUCGCGGGGGCAAACAUUGACUGGUAUUUAUUGGAGAAGAGUCGGGUCGUUUAUAGAAACGAGGCAGAGCGGAGCUUUCAUGUUUUCUAUCAGCUGUUGGCCGGUGGAGGGGACUUGAAGGAGGAAUUGCUCCUCGAUGGAGAGGUCGAAGAUUACGAAUACCUCAACAAGAGUCGGAGAGAAGUCGAUGGCGUGGAUGAUAUAGAGGAAUGGCUUGCCUUGAAGAACGCGUUAGACGUCGUUGGGUUCGAUCCCUCUGAGCAAUUCGACCUCUUCCGCAUUGUGGCAGCUAUCCUUCACAUCGGCAACAUUGAAAUCCUCUCCUCACGGUCAGACGAUGCCACGAUGCCCGAUACUUCCCAAGCCGAACGUGUUUGCCAUCUCCUCGGGCUCCCUAUUGCUGAAUUUAUUCGCGCAAUUCUUCGGCCACAAUCUCUUGCUGGUGGCCACGAAUGGGUCACCAGCGCGCGAACAAGGCAGCAAGCCCUAGACGAACUUUCCUCCCUUUGCAAGACAUUAUAUGAGAGGUCCUUUGGAGCUCUCGUGGACCGGGUUAACCGUGCUCUCGAUCGACCAUCUUCCAAGUCGACUUUCAUCGGUGUGCUCGAUAUCGCUGGGUUCGAGAUCUUCGAAGUCAAUGGCUACGAACAACUUCUGAUCAACUACACCAACGAGAAACUGCAACAGUUCUUCAAUCACCACAUGUUUGUUCUCGAACAGGAAGAAUAUGCUCGAGAGAACAUUCACUGGGACUACGUCAACUUUGGCCUGGAUCUGCAACCCACUAUUGACUUGAUCGAAGCCAGUGGCAAUGUCAUCGGCAUCCUGAGCUUCCUGGACGAGGAGUGUAUAAUGCCAAACGGAGAUGACCAGACUUUCACGGCGAAGUUGAGGGCCAAGUGGGGUGGACGGAACAACGAGCAAGAUUGGCAUCCCGGCAAGGAGAAAUUCGAGACCACAGCCCGUAUGAAACAGGGUUUCAUCAUUCAUCAUUAUGCUGCGAAGGUGGAAUAUCGCACGGAUGGUUGGCUCGAGAAAAACAAGGACCCGCUCAAUGACAACAUCACCCGCGUCCUGGCUGCCUCAAGUGACAGAUAUGUGGCCGCUCUGUUUUCUGACUAUGCAGAUCUUCCCAACGUACCUCUCACUGUGGGCAAGAAGCGUGCACUCAAGAAGGGUGCAUUCCGCACUGUUGCUCAAAGACACAAAGAGCAGCUUGCGAGCUUGAUGACGCAACUCAGAUCAACUCAGCCCCACUUCGUUCGUUGCAUCGUUCCAAACAAUUUGAAGAAACCAGGCCGCAUGGAUGUACCCCUCGUUUUAGACCAGCUGCGGUGCAACGGUGUUCUGGAGGGCAUUCGAAUUGCUCGCCUUGGUUAUCCCAAUCGUCUUCCGUUCAUAGAAUUCCGCCAGCGCUACGAGAUCCUUACCCCAGGCAUCCUUCCGAAAGGAUACAUGGAUGGUCGCGAGGCGUGUAGGCGCAUGGUCAAUUGUCUGGAACUGGACGACACAAUUUUCAAGUUGGGCACCUCGAAGAUCUUCUUCAAGGCUGGUGUUCUCGCCGAACUGGAAGAACGACGCGAUGCCUUAUUGUUCGACAUCUUCUCGAGGCUUCAGUCUGCUGCCAGGAUGUACACAACGAGGAGGCAGAUGAAGAAGAUCUUGAAUCGCGCAAACGCUGUAAGGACCAUUCAAAGGAAUGCGAGGGUCUACGGAGAGCUCCGAGAGUGGCCCUGGUGGCAGCUGUAUACAAAGGUCCGGCCUCUCCUUGCAGCGACUCGGAAUGACGAGGAACUUCGCCAGAAAGAGAUGGAACUUGCGCUUGUCCGAGAACGCGCAGAAAGAGACAAGCAGGAGCGCGAAGCUCUUGAGAAGCUCAAGAUGGCUCUCGAGUCCGAGAAGAGGAAGGUUGAGGACGACCUCGAGGCAGAACGUGCCCUCACACUCGACAAGGAAGCCUUGCUUGAGAGAAGCAAGCAGAGAGAAGCCGAACUCGAGGAGGAGAUAGACGCCCUGCAGCAAGAUAUUGCAACUCUUGAUUCACAGUUAUCCCGGGCAAUGAGCCUACAGAAGGAGAGUGAAGAGAAAUACGAGAAGCUCCGCGAAGUAUUUGACGAAGCUGCUGACCACCUUGUUCGCCUGGAGAAAGAGGAGAAGGCUUGGGACACAAGGGAAAUCGAGCUCAGUAAAGAGUUGAAGAAGGCGCAGGAGGAGAUUGAAGCACUUCAGGCUGACCUUGACCAGGUGCAGAAAGUCUCGGAGGAGUUGAGGACUCUGAACAUCCAACGCGAGGAGGAUCUGGCCAGGACCAAGAAGAGGACCGAUACGACCGUUAAGGAGCUGCGCGGAAAGUUGGAGGUUGAAGCCCGAAAUAAAGAACUGCUCAAGGACAAGGCCGAUCAAUUCGAAAACGAGAGCCGCCAGGCGAAGGAACAACUUGCUGAGUUAGGGAGGACCGCGACAGAGUACUCCAAUAUGAUUCAGAGGAAGGAGGAACAAAUCACCCUCUUGACCAACCAACUCGAUGCUCUCAAGACGGAGCGCGAUAUGGCAGCGAACGAAAUCAUGGAGUUGAAGGCCGACCUCGAUACACUUGAUGGCCAGCUUACUGUGGAGAGGCAGGAUCAUGCCGCUGACCUUGCUCUAAAGAGGAAACUCCAGGAAGAACGGGAUGAACUUCGCCAACUCUUGGCCACCAAGGCCUCGGAGGAGACACGGAGGUCGGAAGCGGAGAAGAGCAAAGAACUCGAGCUCGCCGACCUACGCACCCACACGACCAAACUACAACAAGAGCUGUCUGACCAUCGACGCAAUGCCCUGGAAAGUCUGAAUAAGGCGAAGCUUGAGCUCGAUCAAAUUGCUAGGGAUCAUGCAACCUUGCUGCAGAGUCACAACUCUCUGUUGGACCAAGAACGCGCCGCUCAGGCGCAACUGACCAAAGUUAGGGCUGACCUUUCCGAAUUGGAAAAGGCACGACGAACAUUGGAGUCCGAAUUGCUGUCAGCUAGAAGUCGUCAACAUGAGGCUGAGGGCGAAGUUGCCGAAGCUCAACGUACCAAACAGAGCCUUGAACGUCAACUUACUAUGGCGCAAGACAAAUAUCGUGACUUCGAAGAUGCCAUUCUCGCAUUAGAGCGCGAACAGACGACACGGGUUGCCGAUUUGGACGACUUGCGCAAGCAACUAUCAAUCGAGGUUGCGAAACGCUCUCAGCUCGAGAAAACGACGUCUACUCAGAAGGCUGCAAUGACCAAACUCAAGGAGCAGAAUGUCGCUCUCGAACGGGAUCUGAACAAGGCACUAAAUGAUUUGAAGGCGAGGGAGUGGGAAGUCAAACAGCUAACCUCCAAGCAAGACAAAACCAUCGUUGAGCAUGUCCACGUCCUCGAGGAAGCAAAACGUGUCACAGACCGACAACUGGAUGAAGCCAAACAACAACUCGAACGUAAUGCAGCCCAUAUCAAGUCUCUCCAGGUUGCCAAGUUGAAGAUGAGCGGAGAAUUCGAGGAUCUAGGUCUCAAAUAUGAACGCGAGCUAAGGUUGAAGGAGCAAGAGAUCAAGGCGCAGGAAAAGAAGCUAUCUGAGAUGCGGGCGAAUCUUGACAAGGAACAAAAGGCCAAGGAGGAAGCUCAACUGCACGCCCAUCGCGUCCAAACAGUGCUCCAACAAAAUAAUCGCCAAAACGACGAGCUCUCUGAAAAGCUCGUUGCCGUCCAGCGUUCGAAGGAUGCACUGGAAGAUGAAUUGGAAAGAUUGGUUCAUGAAACCGGCGCCGAUGAUUCCUUGGCGAAAUUCCAGCGGGACUAUGAAUCGCGGAUUGCGCAGCUCGAGAAUCAGCUGGAUGAAUCAGAGAUGGCGACGGCGACGGCUUCCAAGAUCCGCGACCAAAUCGAAAGGCAACACGCCGACAUCCGCCAGUUGAUCCUGUCUACCAGCCUGCAGACCCCAACUUCCACUCGAAGUUAA